AUGUCCUUCAAUCUUUCAACUGAGAAUUUAUUCCCCGUUGAUGGGUUAGUAGCAGUGGUGACAGGUGCAGGGUCAGGAAUCGGGUCAAUGAUCGUUAGGGCGCUGGCUACAAAUGGAGCUUCUGCAGUAUAUGCUGUUGAUAUAGAAAACUAUGGCAUUGAAAAAGUUGCACAAGAAGCGGUUCACCACAAUGUGCACGCCCUCGUUUGUGAUGUGACGUCAAAAACUGAACUCCAGACCACCGUCGACCAAAUCGCCGAGGAGCGGGGAUAUAUUAAUCUCCUUGUGAACAAUGCUGGUAGAGGUGCAGCGGUUCCAAUUCCAAAACCGACACCCAAAUCGUCGAUUCAGGAGGUGCGUGAAUACUACUUCAACACGCUUCGGGACUCCGACCUCGCCGCUGUCUUUGGCCUGAACACGAUCGCAGUCUUUAAUACGACGUUUGCGUUUCUCGAACUUCUGGAUGCGGGAAAUAAAGCGCAUACAAAUCAACCAAAAAGCCAGGUUGUGACAGUAAGCAAUGCGGCAGCAUUCUUUCGCGGAUACACAGACUUCAUAUACAAUUCGAGCAAGGCAGCUACCACGCACAUGAUGAUGCAUUUAGCUACUGCUCUCGUGCCAUGGAACAUCCGCUCUAAUCUCAUUGACCCAGGCUGGUUUCCGUCACGCAUCACGGCACGCCUAAUAGAAGAACACGAACCGACUGCAGGUGUUGUGCCUAAAUCAAUAUCGCCGGCUGAAAGAUUUGGGGUGGAAAAGGAAAUGGCAAGGACGAUCUUAUACUUGGCGAGCAAGGCGGGAGGCUACUGCAAUGGCAGUGUCUCUGUCGUCGAUGGAGGAGCUCUGAGUGUUCACCCGAGAUCUUAUUAA